AAGAACCAGUGUCUUUUUGAAAAUUCAUAACAGGGAGAUUAUAAGAACAUCAAAAUAAAAAAAAAAUAAGACACGAGCAUAAACAUCAAAAGAAUGAAAAAAGUUUGGAUUAAUUUUGUUGGCAUUUUAACCUGUUGGGAAUAUGUAUGCGCUAAUUUAAAAGAUGAUUUUUACAUCGCAGCUGUUGUUGAAUUUCCUUUACCUACAACGCCUAAUUCGAUUGUCACAAAUGCCAACGAUAUGAUAGAAGAUACGCUAAAUGAAUACUUGAGAUUGAUUGAUGAAGCCGCAGAGAAUAAAGCGGAUAUACUAACAUUUCCAGAAGGCUGUCUUAAUUAUGUUGGAAUAGGGACACGUAAACUCUUGAUUAAAUACGCAGUGGAAUUAAACAAUGAUGACAUUUAUAAUAGUACUACCUUUAGUAAUAAUUGUGAUUAUUCAAAAAAGUCAGCGAUUAUUUCUAAAGUAUCACUUAAGUCGCGGAAAAACGGGAUUUAUGUUCUGAUAAAUGUAAUUGAGAGGGUAAAAUCUACAACUGUGACGAAAAAUAAAUACAAUUUAUACAGCACCAAUAUUGUAUUCGAUCGUAAUGGAUGUAUUGUAUCUAGGUAUCGUAAAUUUAACACGAAACUUGAUCCACUCUUGAACAAAACAGAAAUCGCAGAAGUUCAAGUAUUUCAUACUGAUUUUGGUGUAACUUUUGGACAAUUCACAUCACUCGAUUUAAUGUCUAAAUAUCCUGCAUACAUUUUAAUUCAAUAUGGUAUAAAGCAUAUCUUGCAUCCAACAUUAUGGUACUCAUCUACACCUUUUUACACAUCACUUCAAAUGCAACAGAGCUAUAGUUAUUCAAACAAUAUUGUUUUAUUAGCAGCUGGAUCAAAUAAUCUUGCAAGUGGUCAAGGUGGAAGUGGUAUUUUUGUUGGCAGAAACGGACCUCUUAUCAUGUUUCAACCAGGUGAAAAGAUAAAACAAGCGAUAAUAUCAAAAGUUCCUAAAGAUCAUGACAUGUAUUCAAUUCAAGUUGACAACAAUAAUGUUGUUAAGAGAUAUAAUCUAAAGGAAAUGGACCAAUUUUUUAUAUCUAUGGUACCAUUGCAAUAUACAGAAGCCUUGGUUAAUCAGGAAUUCCGAAAGGUAUGCAGGAACAAAUUGUGUUGUGAAAUAUUCGUAAAAUAUACAAUAUAUGACAUUCCAUCGUCUAAAUUUGGUUAUACGUAUCGAUUCACUGCUCAUUCGGGUGUAAAAGAAGAUUAUAAGGAUGAAGUGUAUGAUGAUGAGAAACUGAGUUUCCAUGAAAUGCACUGCUCUAUUGUUGCGUGUACAAAAGCUACUACAGAAAAUUGCGGAUCAAGAUUUUUCCCUUCUGAUAAUGUCGUUCCUUCUGUUAAGUUUAGUGAAAUUCGAAUAAACAUGAUAAUUGAAUUAGAUGACGUGGGAGCAGAAGAUUUGGAAGUCAUGCCGACAAAUGUUGACUUUCGUCUAUUACCUUUACGGGUCGAUAUGUUUACCUACUCAGAAAGUGAAAUCUUCAAUGAAAAUAACAAACAAUAUAGAAAAUACACAACGACGUUAGCUUCAGAUACUGAUACAAUUUUAACCUUUGGAGUAUUGGGGCGAGCUUUUCGUUUGACUGAGUUUUACAUGACUGACGACAAUUCUGAACAAGCUCAAUUUUGGUGGUACUUAUUAAGCAGCAUGACUUUUGGGUUAGUCUUUAUGUUUAUUAUCUGGAGAUUAUGCAAAAUUAAGUAA